AACGUCUCGCCCGGGUAACGUGACGUCGUUUCACCGCGACGGAGACGUGAAGCGUACGUACAGCAGCGGCCUGUGUUCUCACUUGAACGCUGUAAUUUUUUCUCUUCGGUGGAGGAUUUGUGUCUGCAAUCCGUCACCAUCAUGAAACUAGUCAGGUUUUUGAUGAAGCUCAGCCAUGAGACGGUUACCAUUGAACUGAAGAAUGGCACUCAGGUCCACGGCACCAUCACAGGUGUUGAUGUAAGCAUGAACACCCACCUGAAGGCAGUGAAAAUGACCCUGAAAAACAGGGAGCCCACUCAGCUGGAGUCACUUAGUAUCCGUGGCAACAAUAUUCGCUACUUCAUCUUGCCAGACAGCCUCCCACUGGACACCUUGCUGGUUGACAUUGAGCCAAAGAUCAAGUCCAAGAAGAGGGAAGCAGUGGCUGGCCGGGGACGAGGCAGAGGCCGAGGGCGUGGCAGAGGAAGGGGACGAGGACGGGGCGGUCCAAGGAGAUGAUCACCAGGCCGGACAGUUGCUCCUCAUCACCCAGCUGUUUGUACAGGAUUUUUUUUUCUCUAUUCUCAAAGGAAACAUUUUGUGAAUUUAAGUGUGUUUUUCUUUAUUUUUGUUCUUCCUUAUUUUGUACAUUAAAAUGCUCCUUAUGAAGAGGA